UCGCCCUCGUCGAAUCUCCGCUGGGGCCAAUUACCCUAAACAAAGAAAGUAUCCAAGUAUUGACAGCGGGGAGUGGCGUGCGAAAAAACCAUGGCGCUGGUUUUGAACCUAAGCGCACCAAAUCGAACCGUCUCUAAAUCGUCAUCGACUCGUUCUGAGUCACCUCGUUCCCGAUGCACCUCGUUGACUCGCCAUGAGAAUGUGAACCAGACAUGGAGCUCUCUGCAGCAGAAACUCUACUGUAACGGCAGAUUUUCUUGCCUUUUCUCUGACAACCGGAGAGAGGAACAAGCUAGGAAAUCAUUAGAAAGUGCACUUGGUGGAAAGAAAAAUGAAUUUGAGAAAUGGAACAAGGAAAUUAAGAGGAGAGAGGAGGUGGGUGGAGGUAGUGAUGCUGGUGGAGGUGGUUGGUUUGGAUGGGGUGGACGGUUUGGUUGGUCCAACGGUGACCAUUUCUGGCAAGAAGCACAACAAGCAAUUCUUGCGGUGUUAGGAAUCAUAGUCAUGUAUCUCAUUGUUGCAAAAGGUGAAGUGAUGCUUGCUGUCAUCUUCAACCCAUUGCUGUAUGCUUUACGAGGAACAAGAAAUGUACUCGCGUCCAUACCAUCAAGAAUCUUGGGAAAGACGUCUCCAAUUAGUCAUGUUGAUUUUGAUAUGUCGAAGAAGGAUGGCUACAGCCAUAUCUCUGCUAAAGAGAGAGUUUUGAAAAAAUGGGGAAGCGAGUGAUAGUUUUGUUUCAGAUAUAAAUUAUAAUGAUUGAUUGAUGUAACAAAUAGUAAGCCCUAGAAUCAUCCAGGGCUUCCCUAGCAAAGGAAAUUGAAGAAAAUGUAGCACAAUGACCUGCUGGUGAAAUAUUUUAUAGAUUUGCAAAUGCAUAAUUGAGUUCUGGCAGACAUUAUUAGUUCAUGAAUUAGAAUUAGUAAACCCCACAUUGUGCGGGAGCAAAUUAGUCUGUACCAAACUUAAUCAUUCUGUGGAUCCCAUUCUGUGGUGCAAAUUUUCUAAUUCAUGUGGAGUGCUAUUUCAUUA